AUGCCCGGCGAUACCACUCUUCGCCCAUACUACAACCAUGACACAUUCAAUGCCGGAUACCUGGUGAUCUAUAAACCCGGCGUGGGCCUAAUUGACACUGCCACAAAUAAGGAAAUCGUCUCUACGUUCGGCGGCUCGUUUGCACAGCAUGCCGGUGAAGGCUCUGGGUCGAGUUUCGGCCAGGUUGGACUCAUGAACCAGUCCAGAGCGGAACACUACUUAGCAGCCGAUAAGAACUAUGCGUACGAUUUGGAGUUUCUGGAGUACUUAGAUUUCGGGAAUUUGCAGGAGACAUUCAAGGACUUGGUCUGGAACUUCGUCAAGAAUUACUGCAAGGCUGUGUUCUCUCAACCGUUAGAUAUCGUCCGGCUCAUACUUCAGGUGGGGUACUUUGAUUUCAGUGACAAUUCAGCUUCGACCCAGCUGAAAGGCACGAAACAUUCACUGCAGACCACUGUGUCCGAGGAAGAAAUCUCCGACGACGACGAGAUCGAUUUUUUCCAGUCAAACACCGUCUCAGAGACAACAGUAAGUGAACACAAAGCACCACCCUCACCAAGAAACUCUAUAUUACGCGAAAAGCCAAGCUACAAAGUGCAGCCCAUCUCUCAGCAUACUCUUGACGUAAUCAAUGCUGUUUGCGCCAACGACUGCGCCUUGGCGAUGCUCAGAGGAAUCAAUGCUUCGUUCAUUUACUCGACAUUGUCUCAUACAAUAAAGGCAUGGAUCACCGGAUUUGCGUCUCCAUUUCUCAAUAUCCCAGACCCAUUUUUCCUAGAUUUGACUCACUCAACUGAACCCGCAAAGUCGUUGUGGCUAUCUGUAAUCGCCUGUGUAUUGACCGGCAUCAUAUUAAUGCCAUUGGACCUCAUCAAAGUGCGUUUAAUGCUUACUCCAAUCCGCAAAAGACCUUCACUCGAUGACGAUGCGAACUCUGCCUCUGCCGAAAGCUCACAUCCCUCCAUCAAUUUGAGAUCCAUCAGAGAGUCGUUGAGACACUUCCCAACGUCGUUCUUCGUGAACCCGCCCGUAGGAAUUACAUUAUUGACGGUCUUGCAUCAGUUCUCUACGACUGUAUUCCGGAUGUCAGCACCAUAUUUGUUAUUUGUUCGCUACAAUAUCGACUCAUACCUGUCGCCCUCGCUCUUCACCAUUGCCAACCUAUUGCUCUCUAUUUCCGAACUUUUCAUUAAGCUUCCUGUGGAGAACUUGCUUCGGAAAGAGCAAGUGCGUUAUUUGCUCAAGCCAAAAUCUAGAGAGGAGGACGAGUAUAGGGUCGUCACAAUUGACAAACCCGAGGAGAACCUAGUGGUGGAAUAUAAUGGAUGGGGAAAAUUCUCUCAUGUGGCACAAGACGCAAGUUUGUGGUCUAAAGUCGUUUCGCUCAGGCUUUUCAGCGGAUGGCGUGUGGGUGUUUUGAACGUGAUUGGAUACUGGGGCUAUAAUAUCUUCAAAAGUCUGCCUUCCAUGACCGAAGAACGUCUUUAG